AAAAGUGUUCCUAUUUCUCCACAUCCUCUCCAGCACCUGUUGUUACAUUUUUCUUUAUAUGAGGCAUAGAAUACACUGAUUUCUCUCAAAGUCAUAAAUUCCCAACUGGUCAUUAAUGUGAAGAAUACUGACUUUUGAGUGAUUUUCUAGCAUCCAGUGUAAAUGACUUCAGUGUUUCUCCAUCAUCAUUGCACAUCGAAACAACCAGGGUCUUUUAUGUUUUUAAUUAUCACUACCUAGACUCCAAUCCAAUGCAAUUAAACCACAGUGUCCUGGGUGGACACUGGAAAGAAAAAGACAACAAGACUAAAAAAUAUUUUUAAUUGCUCAAUGAGCCAAAGUCCAUUCAGAAAAUAGCAUAAUGUGUAUCUAGGUGAUUGGUCACCGUACAUGUUAACGAGGCAUGCCUGAAUUAGCGGGGAGAGAUAUAAAAGCCUUGCGGUGCAAGCUGCCAGUUGUCUUAGUAAGAAGAGAAGGCUUCAAUGGAUCCUUUUGUGGUCCUGGUGCUCUGUCUCUCCUGCUUGCUCCUCCUUUCACUCUGGAGACAGAAUUCUGGGAGAGGGAAGCUCCCUCCUGGCCCCACUCCUCUCCCUAUUAUUGGAAAUAUCCUACAGUUAGAUAUUAGGAAUAUCAGCAAAUCUUUCAGCAAUUUCUCAAAACUCUAUGGCCCUGUGUUCACUGUGUAUUUUGGCCUAAAGCCCACUGUGGUUUUGCAUGGAUAUGAAGCUCUGAAGGAAGCCCUGAUUGAUCAUGGAGAGGAGUUUUCUGGGAGAGGUGCUUUGCCACUAAUUGAAAGAAGUCAGAAAGGGCAUGGAAUCAUUUUCAGCACUGGAAAGAGAUGGAAAGAGAUGCGGCGUUUCUCUCUUUUGACCUUGCGAAAUUUUGGGAUGGGUAAGAGAAGCAUUGAGGACUGCGUUCAAAAGGAAGCCCGCUGUAUUGUGGAGGAGUUGAGAAAAACCAACGCCUCACCCUGUGAUCCCACUUUCAUCCUGGGCUGUGCUCCCUGCAAUGUGAUCUGCUCCAUCGUUUUCCAAAAUCGAUUUCAGUAUGAAGAUAAGAAUUUUCUUACCUUAAUGGAAAGAUUCAAUGAGAACUUCAGGAUUGCAAGCACCCCAUGGAUCCAGGUUUGCAAUAUUUUUCCUUUUCUCAUCGAUUACUUCCCAGGGACUCACAACAAAUUCCUUAAAAAUGGUGCUUUUACAAAAAGUUAUAUUUUGGAGAAAGUAAAAGAACACCAAGAAUCACUGGACAUUAACAAUCCUCGGGACUUUAUUGAUUGCUUCCUGAUUAAAAUGGAGCAGGAGAAGGACAACCAACAGUCUGAAUUCACUGUUGAAAACUUGGUUAGCACUGUAUUUGACCUAUUUGUUGCUGGAACACACACAACAAGCACCACUCUGAGAUAUGGACUCCUGCUCCUUCUGAAGCACCCAGAGGUCACAGCUAAAGUCCAGGAAGAGAUUGACCGUGUAAUUGGCAGACACAGGAGCCCCUGCAUGCAGGACAGAAGCCACAUGCCUUACACCGAUGCUGUAUUGCAUGAGAUCCAGAGAUACAUUGACCUUAUCCCCAAUGGCUUGCUUCAUACAGUGACCUCUGACAUUAAAUUCAGAAACUACUUCAUCCCUAAGGGCACAAACAUAGUGCCAUCACUGACUUCAGUGCUUUACGAUGACAAAGAAUUUCCCAACCCAGAGGUGUUUGACCCUGGCCACUUUCUGGAUGAGAGUGGCAACUUUAAGAAAAGUGAAAACUUCAUGCCCUUCUCAGCAGGAAAACGGAUUUGUGUUGGAGAAGGACUUGCCCGCAUGGAGCUAUUUUUAUUCCUGACUACCAUUUUACAGAACUUUAACCUGAAAUCUCUUACUGAUUUAAAGGCCCUCAAUGCCACUCCCACUGCCAAAGGACUUGUUUCUAUGCUACCUUCAUACCAGAUCUGCUUCAUUCCUGUCUGAAGAAGGUUAAGUCACCUGGCUACUGAUCUUUUGUCACCUGCAAGUCUUUUUUUAUUUUUUUAAAAUCAGGGAGAGUUCCAAUAUUAGGGAUAUCUUUUCUGACCUCUAAUCACAUUUUCCCAUUCCCUGAAGAUGCACUGAACAUCCGAUCUUCAUUAAGGAGACUUGCUUGGGUCAUUGCAUAAAUAUAUCUGCUAUUAUUAAUAUUCUGUAUUACUUUUAUUGACUGCCAUACAUACUAAUAAUUUGUGCUGAGUUUUUAAUGUUUUUGUUAUAAAACAGAGAAAAAUGAUUACCAUAUCAUAAUUCAGAUUCAUUUCUUCUGUGAAUAUUCUGAAUGAAAAGUGUUACUAAUUGCUAGCUCAUUCUCAGAUUUUUCCUCUUUUGUCCAUAAUGCAAGAAAGAAAUGAAACAGAAUAUCAGCCAUGCUGUCCCUCAUAAUGAUAAGCAUAGAGGGACAAAGGGAAAGAGGGUAGGGAAGCUUUCUUGGCUGCGUGUUAUCUAGAGUUUCUCAAGGUUUGGAUUUGAGAAAGAAGGUCUGUCAAAGAGCAAAACUAACCUUU